CUGAUAUUUUGGGGAUACAAGUUAUUUCUUCCCUGAAUGUGCUGUGUAGAGAAUCUCUUCUCUAUUUUCAUCUAUUUUAAAGUGUCUAGAAGAGCCAGGUAAAACAUCUUUCGAAGAUAUUGGAAAAUUGCAAAGGUACUUGGGACUCAAAGAGUUAAGAUCCUGGAGCUAAGACUUUCCCUCCCCAGACAAGCUGUGAAGAAGAACCAGACCACUUCACUGCAUGAUCCCUAAAACUGUUUGCAUUUAAAACAAUCAGAUGCAUUUCUAUUGCGAAGCAAAAGAUUUGAUGUGUGCUCACUGUUUCCUUCAGUGCUUGACAGGCCACUGCGAGGGUACAUCACCUUGGCCUUUUUGAGAUGGCUCAAGAUUCAGUAGGCCUUUAUUCUGAAUAUCAGUUUUGGAUGGGGAAGCUUUCUGUAUGGGGCCAGGCCUCCUCUUCAGAAACCCAGCAAGACAUCUGCCAUCACCUACCUCAGUUUCAGGAGUUCCUGAGGCAGAUAUAUGAAGUCUUGAAAGAGAUGGAUUCGGGUACAGUCAUUGAAAGGUUCCCCACAAUUGGUCAACUGUUGGCAAAAACUUGCUGGAAUCCUUUUAUCUUAGCAUACGACGAAAGCCAAAAAAUUCUAAUAUGGUGCUUAUGUUGUCUGAUUAACAAAGAACCACAGAAUUCUGGAGAAUCAAAACUUAACUCCUGGACACGGGGGUUGUUAUCUUAUAUGCUUUCAACAUUCAGAUUUGAUAUAAAAGAAGUUGGUCUUUGUACUCAAAGUCUUGGGUAUGCAACUGCAGAUUACUAUCCUGGUUUGCUAAAAAAUAUGGUUUUAUCAUUAGUGUCUGAACUCAGAGAGAAUCAUCUUAAUGGAUUUAACACUCAAAGACGAAUGGCUCCUGAACGAAUAAGGUCCCUGUCACGAGUUUGUGUCCCACUUGUUACUCUGCCAGAUUUUGAACCACUGGUGGAAGCUCUGCUCACCUACCAUGGACAUGAACCUCAGGAAAUGCUCUGGCCCGAGUUCUUUGAUGCUGUGAAUGAGGCCUUUUUGCUGAAGAAGACUGCUCUCUCCAAGUCAGCUAUAACCUGCCUCUGGCUUCGACACCUUCCCAGCCUUGAAAAAACAGUGCUGCAUCUUUUUGAAAAGCUCAUCUUCAGUGAGAAAAAUUCUCUGAGAAGGAUCAAAGACUUCAUGAAAGAUUCAUUGCUGCCCGAAGCAGCCUGCCAUCCUGCCAUAUUCAGAGUUGUGGAUGAAAUGUUCAGGUAUGCACUCCUGAACACCGAUGGAGCCCCAGAAGUACUUGCCACCGUUCAAGUGUUUACGUGGUGCUUUAUAGAGGCUCUGGAAAUAGAAAACACCCAGCUGAAGUUUGCACUGAAGACUUACUUUCCAUAUGCUUCUCCGUCUCUGGUCAUGGUGCUGCUCCAGGACCCAAAAGAUAUCCCACGGGGACUAUGGCACCAGCCACUGAAACAUAUUUCUGAAAUGCUCAGAGCAGCAGUGGAAGACCAGACUCAAGGGUCCUCUGGAGGCCCCUUUGAGAGCUGGUUUUUGUUCAUUCACUUUGGAGGAUGGGCUGAUAUGGUGGCCGAGCAGUUACUGAUGUCAGACGCUGAACCCCCGGAGGCCCUGCUGUGGCUCUUGGCAUUCGGCUACAACCCAUGUGACGGGUGCCAGCAGAGAGCACAGACCAUGGCAGAGGUGAGAGCAGUGCUCAGCCACCUCAGGAAGCUGCUCAGAAGUCCGACCCUCUCGGCCAGGGAUCUGCAGGCAGCAGCUGGAGGGAGCCCCGAUGGAGACCCCCAGCCACUUGCCUGCGGGCGGCUGAUCAGGCACCUCCUCCUGAGCUUCCUGCUCUGGGCCCCUGGAGGCCACGUGCUUGCCCGGGAAGUCGUCAGCCUUAUGGCUCAGACGGAUGAGAUAACUCGUGAGAUUAUUGGCUUUCUUGACCAGACCUUGUACAGAUGGGAUCGUCUUGGUAUGGAAGCCCCAGCAUCCAGAGAGCUAGCCGGAGAGCUCCUUACAGAGCUGAGCGCCCAUGUCCAGCCCAGGCCCACUGACCGUGGCUGCCGUGCGGGCCUAGGCUCGCAGGCCACGUGAGGAGGGAUGGUGUCA